CCCUUCUCCCUGAAACCGAAAGGAAACCCUAGCUCUUCUACUUCCCGUCUCUCACGCCCAAAACAGGGCAAAAUUAAUUUUUUCAAAAUUAAUCAAGAAAUUGACUAUAAAACCCGCCACUGCGGUAGUUCUACGAUUCAAAAUUUCCAGAUUCGGAAGGCUGGUGGCCAAUCAACGUGCGUGAUCUUGGCGGUUUGCAGAACAUAAUCCAAUUCUUCUUGCUGCUUGGAUCCCGAUCUGAGAAUGUGCUAUGGAAUUUAAGACAUUUGCGGUUUUCAUCUUCGUUGAUUGGAUUGUGGUUUAGUGGAUGGAACAUAGAGCAGGAGAUAGCAAUGGAGAGGAAAUUCCUAAAAAGACGAGAUCUCUUGAUCUUAAGAGUCUAUACGAAACAGAGAGUUCAAAAGAGGCCCCAGGUAAGAAUUUGAAGCGGAAAAAUGGUCUAGAUGAUGAUGAUGGCAGUGUGAAGAGAAGUAAUAAGAGGAAGAAGGGUAGGAAGGCAGUGUCUAUUAAUAGAUUGAAGACUGUUACUGGCAAUGGCAGCAAGAGUCUGGAAGAAGUGUACAAUGGCAGCUUGACUUCGGUUUCACUCGAUUCGAGAGACUCGAAGCUGUGCUUGAGUCAGAAGUCGAAUGACUGUGGUGGGCUCAAUGUGAUUUCAUUAGCUUUGGAAGAUGAUGUUGUUAAAGUCCCGAGGCGGAAGCGAGGUAUAGUUAGGCGACGGAAAGUUGAGAAUGGCGGUGGAGUGUUGAAGCUGGAAGAGAAGAAUGGCAAAAUGGGUGAUGUUGAUGAGGUUGGCAGGGGGGCAGCUGAUCAAGAUCAUGUGAAUCCUGUAAAUAACGGCAAACAUUUCAAGGCUUCUAAGCUUAAAAGGAAGAAAAGAUCAGAUGACUUGAAGGAAAAUAUAAAUGGUGAAUCCAAUUCAGGUAGAGAUGUGAAGGAAGAGGACGGCCAGGAUAUGAUCUCAAUUGAGAAAAAUGGCGAGUCUUCCCCAAGAUUUCCCUUACUGGCCAUUCAGCUGAAAAUGCUGAUGAUCACCCUUCAAAUGGCUCUCUUAGGAAGCGAAGCAGAAAAAGGAAGAACAAGGUAUCAGAUGUGACAAGUCCAUCAAAGGAGGCUGAGCCUUCAGGUGAAAAAUCUGUCAAGAUUGUUGAUAAGGUUGUGCGGGAGGAUGAAGAAGAUAAUCUAGAAGAGAAUGCUGCAAGAAUGCUAUCGUCACGAUUUGAUCCUAGCUUUACUGGAUACUUGUCGAAGAAGAAAGUCUCAUCUCUACCGCCUACCAAUGGCUUGAAUCAUCCAUUGUCCUCUAGUAAAGAAUUUGUAGCUCGGGGAGGAAGCUAUGCCUCUGCUUCAGAUUCUGCUUCUGGUGAUGGUGCUGUUAGAGUUUUGCGACCGAGAAAGCAGUUCAAAGAGAAGAGUGGUGUUAGGAAGAGACGACAUUUUUAUGAUAUUAUUUCUGGUGAAUUGGAUGCACACUGGGUAUUAAAUAGGAGAAUCAAAGUAUUUUGGCCAUUGGACGAAAGUUGGUAUUAUGGCCUUGUUAGUGAUUAUGACAAUGAGAGAAAGCUUCAUCAUGUCAAGUAUGAUGACCGUGACGAGGAGUGGAUCAAUCUUCAGAAUGAGAGGUUCAAACUCUUACUGUUCCCUAGUGAAGCACCAGGCAGAAACCACCGAACAAGAUCCUUGUCAAGGAGGAAACACACCAUUGUAAGUGAAAGUAAGUCGAAUCACAGUAAAGAUAGCAAGAGGAAAAUGAGAGCGGAAGUUGAUAGCUUGGUUGGUAAUCAUAUAGAUUCAGAGCCCAUCAUCUCGUUGUUGGCUCGUUCAUCUCGAAGAGUGAAAUCUUCUCCAGUUUGUGCUACAGAGAAGGAGAACAAGUCCUGUGAACACCCCAGUUGUGGGGAAUCUUUGACUAGGGAUACUACAGUUGGUUGUGACUGCAAGGACGGAGAGUCUCUGAGUGCCGGAACAGCCAGAAAGUCCUUUAGUUCUACUCUUCCAGAUGAACCAGCCACGUCUAGGAGUGAGUUAUGUGCCACAGGGAGUCCUUUGUGUAACAACGAGAGAAAGCCUCCAAUUGUCUACUCCAGGAGGCGGGUUCGUAAGAGAAGUUUUUGGGCGUGUCAUGAUUCUAAAGUCAAUCGCAUGAAUACUGGUGUUCUUGCUCCUGAUAAUUAUGCUAGGCCUUUAUAUUCUGAAGUGGCGUUUGACAAGUUGGUGCCUGUGGAUUCACUGUGGUCAAUUGAUAGUACUGGAAUUUUGAAAUUGAAUUUCGCAAUUAUACUGUCAAGAAAUUUCACAUUUAAGUUGCGUUGCCCAGUACCAGCUUUCCGGAGUCGCUCGUUCAGUAAGUUGAGCAUCUCUUUGUCCCAUGCUAUAUUGCUACUUCAGUAUGGGCAACUGAUGACUAUGUUGCCAAGGGUUCAACUGGAGAUGCUUAUUGUAGAUAAUGUAGUGGGAUUGAGGUUUCUACUUUUUGAAGGAUGCUUGAAGCAAGCUGUGGCAUUUGUUCUUGUGGUCCUGAACAUAUUUGGUAAACCUGAUGAACCUGGGAAGUCUAUUCACUUAGAGUUGCCAGUGACUUCAAUUAGAUUCAAGUUCUCGUGUACUAGUUAUAUUGGGAAACAGCUUGCAUUUCUGUUUCAUAAAUUCUCCGAGCUUGAAAAUUCUAGUUGGCUACUCCUGGAGCGUAAAAUAAACAAGCAUUGUCUACUUUCUCGGCAACUGCCUCUGUCGCAAUGUACUUAUGCCAACAUUAAGGAUCUGCAAAAUGGUAGAAAUGGGCUACUUGCUUCUGUUUUGAACGGCACCAGAACAAUUAAGGGAUCCAGCAGGAGGUCCAGGCAGCAGAUUAGUUUCACGAGUGUUCCUAGAAAGCCGAGACACGGCAAAGCUAGUCACUAUGUCGACCCUGAGAGGGACCAAAGAUUUAUUCCUCCAAUGUCUCUCUCCUUUACUGCUGCACCUACCUUUUUUCCAGGACUUCAUCGUAGGCUGCUUAUCGAGCACACUCUGACUCGCAUCGGAUUUCAAGAUCAUUACUCGGAGGGGGAUCCUGAAAUGAGUGGCAGGUUGCUAGUGGAGGACCAGUCUUGCGUGGGAGAGUGCUCAAUUAUAACUCCUGAAAGCAAUUCUCGUAAGGUACUCAAGGCUGUGUCAAGGGACAUGGGUUCUGAUGAAGUCUCUAUAUCUCAUUCUAGGGAUGCAAUGAAUUCCCUUUUGGAGUCCAACAGUGGUACAAAUGUUCUUGGAUCUUCUUCUGUCGUUGAGGAGACUGUGAACACGGGGAAUGAUGCAGACUACGAGCUACCGUCUCAGCCUUUGGAUUCUGCACAACAGAAAAUCUUGCGCCCGUCAUCUGCUGGAGAUGAAGCCAAGUUCCAUGCAGAAUCUCCUUCACCUUCUCUUCAUAAUGGAAUCACAGUUGAAAUCCCUUCUGAUAAAUUUGAUAAAGAUGUUGAUGGUGUUUCACAUGUGCAACAAUCUUGUGGCGAUUUGUCAUGGAAUUUGAACAGUGGUGUUAUUCCCAGCCCAAACCCUACCGCACGUAGAAGUACAUGGCAUCGAAAUAGAAGCAGUUCAGCUUCUUUUGGAGGCUUUGCGCAUGGAUGGUCAGAAGGAAAGUCCGAUUUUCUUCAGAGUAACUUUGGUAAUGGACCAAAGAAGCCACGUACACAGGUGAAUUAUGCUUUUCCUUCGGGCGGUUUUGAUCUUAGCUCCAGAGGUAAAGGUCAUCAGCACAAAAUGCAUCCACAUAAGCGAAUUAGGACUUCAAACGAGAGGAGGUCUUCUGAUACUUCGAGGGCCCCUGAAAAGAACCUAGAUUCGUUGUCUUGCGAUGUAAACCUUUUGCUAACUGUUGGUGAUAAAGGUUGGAGAGAGAGUGGUGUACAGGUUGUGCUGGAACUUUUUGAACACAGUGAGUGGAGGCUUGCUGUGAAACUCUCCGGCACCACAAAGUAUUCAUACAAGCCACAUCAAUUCCUGCAGCUUGGUUCGACAAACCGGUUUACACAUGCUAUGAUGUGGAAAGGAGGGAAAGAAUGGAUAUUGGAGUUUCCUGACAGGAGCCAGUGGGCUCUUUUCAAAGAGAUGCACGAAGAGUGUUAUGAUCGGAAUGUACGUGCGGCAUUGGUGAAAAAUAUUCCAAUUCCUGGUGUUCGAUUGAUAGAGGAAAAUGAGAGUCAUGUAGCAGAAGCACCAUUUCUGAGAACCUCGAAGUACUUUUGUCAGGAGGAAACUGAUGUUGAGAUGGCUUUGAAUCCAUCCAGAGUGCUGUAUGACAUUGAUAGUGAUGAUGAGCGUUGGAUGUCAGAAACGUGUAGUGCCCUAGCAGUUCAAAAUGACAGUUCCAUGGAGAUUUCCGAAGAUAUUGUUGAGAAAAUCAUGGACACAUGUGAGAAAGCUGCAUAUUCUCGGCAAUGUGUCCAUUUUAGUGCUGAAGAAGUAAAUGAUCUAAUGGGUGGUGUAGCGUCUAUUGAAGUAAUCAGGAUGGUUUUUCAGUAUUGGCACCAGAAGAGAAGUAGGAAGGGAAUGCCACUGAUUCGGCACCUUGAGAUUCACGUUUCUUUAUCUAAGACUUAGAUAUACAACAUAAAUGGCAUUGUUGCCUAACAUUAAAUGGAAAAUGUCGGGUUUUGUUCAGCCACCACGUUGGGAAAGAUAUCAACAAGAAGUGAAAGAGUGGGAGCAAGCGAAGGCAAAAAAUGUCCCUUCAAAUGGUUGCUCUAAGAAGGUUGGUCAAUGCGAGAAGCCACCAAUGUUUGCAUUUUGCCUGAAACCACGAGGUUUGGAUCUACCCAACCGAGGGUCAAAACAUAGGUCACACAAGAAAUUCUCAGUUUCUGGGCAAAGCAAUACCUUUUCCGUCUAUCACGACGGUUUUCAUGCUUACGCAGGCAGACGAAUGAACGGCUUUGCAUCUGGCGACGAGAGGGUUUCACAUUUAGGACACAAUUACGACUCCAUGGACGAUUCUCCAUUACCUCAGAGAUCACCAAGUUUUUUCUCACCAAGGGAAGCAGAUGCAGGCAGCUCGGGCUACUUUUACCCCAAUCCUCAUAGAUACCACCACUUGCAGAAGAAAUUUCAGAGAAGCAAAUCGAACAAAGUGGUGGGGACUUCAACUCUAUCCCCUAUGGGACCUCAGAUGGUACCUUCAUUCAAUCAGCGCAUGUUUAUGAAAAGGAAUACCAGCUUUCAUCACUGGUCGCACGAACGACAACCUGAUCCCCAUCUAGACUGGUCUCUUCAGCACAUGCCUGACCAAUUGGAAGGCUCGGAUCUUGAAGAAUUGCGAACUCGUGAUGCAUCUAGUGCAGCUCAACAUGCUCUCAAGGUGGCCAAGUUCAAAAGAGAGAAAGCUCAGAGACUACUCUGCAGGGCUGAUUUAGCUAUCCACAAGGCUGUUAUUGCCCUGAUGACAGCCGAAGCUAUUAAGGCAGCUUCCUCAGAGGAUGCAGACGAUGACGACCUAUGAUAUACGAGGUUUGGAAUUCUUUCUUUGGGAACUUUGGCAGCUAGAGGGUUGCCUGUGGAGUGUGAACUCUGCAUUUGGUUUUUGCAUAUAGCCCUGGUUAGAGAGGGGGACAAUGGUGGUGGUGGUCUUGCACGAGGUACGCAUUUGGCUACUCCCUUGGUGGUUUCGUGAACCCGGCUCGAUGUGGCACUGAUGAUCCAUCCUGGACGUGACUGGUGAGGGGUGUUGCUGGAAUUUUGGGCCUGGAUUUUCCUUUUGUACAGAUUUUUUCACUUUUCCUCCCUCUUUACUUUUUAGCCUUCUCCAGGGUUCUCUGUUUCUUCUUCUCCUUCUUUAGCCUUGAUGCCUGAGAUAGCAGCUUUAGCCGAAAUAAUACAACACUCCUAGGUAUGGUAGUAGAGAAGGAGAGGGGGUAAGAAAAAAGGUUUGAGAAGAGUUGCUUGGUAGAUAGAUUGAAAUGCUGCUGCAGGUUUCGGGGAGCGUUUGUUCAUUCGAAAAAAGAAAAAAAAAAUCAUUUUUAGGGUUAGGGAUAUGUACCAAUGGUGAAGAACAUAUCUCUGGAAAUAGGGGCAGGAAAAAAGGGGGAACAAGUUGUGUAAGUAAAUUAUCCUUUUUUUUUCUUUGUUCUUUCUAAUUUUUCAUAGAGGUGAAAUUUGGAGGCAAAUGAAAAGAGAUCCUAUUGUUGAUGUCUGAUGAUGUCCCUAGCCUUGCUUUUCGUUUCCAUGGCUCUGCCUUUGUACAGUUGCUGAAUUUCUUGAUCCAACGGCACUGGCAUUUGAUGAAUGUAUCCUCACUGAUACUGAAAAAUGAAAGAUGUAGUAUCCCAUUGAGAUGGAUUGUUUUUGCUGGUUGCGAGCUAUCGCGAUGCUGUACUUGCCAUUGCGGUUCGAGGAUUGAUAGAAGCAGCAGAGAGAUGGAUUGUGUUGAUUUCGAAUUGGUUCGAUUGUUUGUCAACCAGGAACGAAGUCAGCUUGUUUCAUUAAAAGUCCCUUUAAAUUGCACAUAGAAAAGUUUGAAACAAA